AUGUCAAUUUAAACUGGGUUUAAUGUAUAAUUACUAGACCCUUGGAAUUUGAAUAACCCUCACGUGUCCGUUGCGCGCCAUACACGUGAAGAACAUGGGUCAGUCAUGUUUUACUGCUCCGUAUAGUAAGAUUUCUCAACAUUUCAGACAUUUUAUACAUUUUCAUAUAUAAAGCUCAUUGUUCGUGGCAAAUUACGUUAAGCAUUUAUCUCCCGGUUGGCCAUGAAAUAACUUUAAAGUCAUAGUUAACACAAAAAAAGUCAAAUUUCCUCACUCUGGUGUCCUUUCAGAUUUGUUUAUCUUUCUUCCAUACAAGAUUAAAUAUUAUAGGCACGCGUCCAUUGAAUCACUUGUUCAGUCAAUGAAAGUAUGGUGAUUGAGGCUGUCAUUCUGUCAAACAUAGUUGUGUUUACCACAGAAGAAAAAACUGAAAAAAAUGCUAAAUAAAAAGUAUACUGAAAACGUGGCCAUUCUGUAUGUUGUAACCUUAACUUGUGUACAGUACUUUGAAUUGGCAAACCAAAGCAUUUGAAAAGAAGCACCAAUAUGACGGGACGAGCAAGAGCGAGAUCCAGAGGCAGAGGUCGCGGUCAGGAGCCUGCUGCUCCUGGCGUGCAACCAUCUGUAUCACAAGAGGCCGCAAAGCCUGUUAUGCCCACUCCACCUGAAGGACAGCUGGUGGGGAGAGGGAGACAGAAACCUGCUCCUGGAGCCAUGUCUGAAGAAGCGAUGAUGCAGAUUUCUGCAGGCUUUCAGCAGGUAAAGAUUGGGGAAAGAGGUGGACGCAGAAGAGAUUUCCAUGAUUCUGGUGUCCACACUCGCCAGUUAAUGGAACAUGUGAAAGAGUCCAAAACAGGUGUUUCAGGCACUGCCAUUGAGCUGAGGGCCAAUUUCAUGCGUCUGCUUUCACGACCUCUGUGGGCUUUGUAUCAGUACCACGUGGACUUCAAGCCACCUAUGGAGUCCCGACGUCUGCGCUCGGCUUUGCUUUUCCAGCACGAGGAGACUCUGGGAAAAGCACACACUUUUGAUGGAGCCAUUCUCUUCCUCCCUAACAAACUGCACAAUACUGAGACAGUUCUGUGCAGUGAGACUAGAAACGGAGAGAAGGUUGAGAUCACGGUUACGCUGACCAACGAGCUCCCGCCAUCCUCUCCUGUGUGCUUGCAGUUUUAUAACAUCCUCUUCAGGAGAAUUCUGAGGAUACUAAACAUGCAGCAAAUCGGACGUCAUUACUACAACCCUGAUGAUCCGUUCAACAUCCCCCAGCACAGGCUGACGAUUUGGCCUGGAUUCAUGACCACCAUCCUUCAGUACGAGUCCAGCAUCAUGCUGUGCUCCGAUGUGAGUCACAAGGUUCUACGCAGUGAGACUGUCCUUGACUUCAUGUAUAGUCUGAGGCAGCAAUGUGGAGACCAGCGCUUCCCUGAAGCCUGCACCAAGGAGCUUGUGGGCCUGAUCAUUCUGACUAAGUACAAUAACAAGACGUACAGGAUUGAUGACAUUGCCUGGGAUCAUACACCCAACAACACAUUUAAGAAGGGAGAUACAGAGAUCUCAUUCAAGAACUACUUCAAAACGCAAUAUGGUCUGGACAUAACAGAUGGCAACCAGGCUCUUCUGGUUAGUCACGUGAAGAGACUGGGGCCAUCAGGUCGGCCUCCACCGGGACCUGCCAUGCUCGUCCCAGAGUUCUGCUACCUCACAGGUCUGACAGAUAAGAUGCGUGCUGAUUUCAACAUCAUGAAGGAUCUUGCCUCACACACAAGGCUGAGUCCUGAACAGAGAGAGGGCAGAAUUAACCGCUUAAUCUCCAACAUCAACAGAAAUGCAGACGUGCAGAAUGAACUGACUACUUGGGGUCUGAGCUUUGAGAAUCGACUGCUGAGUCUGAAUGGAAGAGUUCUGCCCUCCGAGAGGAUCAUCCAGGGAGGCAGAGCGUAUGAGUAUAACCCAUGGACAGCAGACUGGGCUAAAGAGAUGAGAGGUCUUCCUCUGAUUAGCUGCAUGUCUCUGGACAACUGGUUGAUGUUCUACACGCGGCGAAAUGCGGACGUUGCCCAAUCUCUGCUUCAAACUCUCAACAAAGUGUCUGGGCCCAUGGGUAUCCGCAUGCAGAGGGCCAUCAUGAUUGAGUAUGAGGAUCGUCAAGAAUCUCUCCUGAGAGCCCUGCAACAAAACGUAGCACGUGAAACACAGAUGGUGGUGGUGAUCCUGCCUACCAAUCGAAAGGACAAGUAUGACUGUGUGAAGAAGUACCUGUGUGUGGACUGCCCUACUCCUAGUCAGUGUGUGGUGUCUCGCACCAUCAGCAAACCUCAAGCGCUUAUGACUGUGGCCACCAAGAUUGCUUUGCAGAUGAACUUCAAAAUGGGAGGAGAGCUGUGGAGUGUAGAAAUCCCACUCCGGCAGCUGAUGAUUGUGGGCAUAGACUGUUACCACGAUACUGCUGCUGGGAAGAGAUCUAUCGGAGCACUGGUGGCCAGUCUGAACCAGGGCAUGUCCAGGUGGUUCUCCAAGUGUGUCUUGCAGAACCGUGGUCAGGAGAUCAUUGAUGCACUAAAAGGGUCAUUGCAAGCUGCUCUGAAGGCCUAUCUGAAGUACAACAAUUCUCUGCCCUCCCGGAUCAUUGUGUACCGAGAUGGAGUUGGAGACGGCAUGCUGCGGAGCGUGGUGGACUACGAAGUCCCUCAGAUCAUGCAGUCCAUCAAGACCAUGGGGCAAGAUUACGAGCCCAAGCUGUCAGUAGUGGUGGUGAAAAAGCGAAUCAGCUCCAGAUUCUUUGCCCGGAUUGAUGGCAAAAUUGCCAACCCUCCUCCGGGGACAGUCAUUGACACUGAAGUCACUCGUCCAGAAUGGUACGAUUUCUUCAUAGUGAGUCAGGCUGUGCGCUUUGGUUGCGUCGCACCUACUCACUACAACGUGGUGUUUGACAACAGCGGCCUCAAACCAGAUCACAUGCAGAGACUCACCUACAAACUCUGCCACAUGUACUACAACUGGCAGGGUAUCGUCCGAGUGCCAGCACCAUGUCAGUACGCCCACAAACUGGCCUUCCUGGUUGGUCAGAGCAUUCACAAGGAGCCCAACAUGAACCUGGAUGACUUCUUGUACUACCUGUAACCUGCAUUGCAGUGAUAAGAUGCAGGGUCUCAGAAGAAUGAUAGGGCCAUUUUUAUUAGUUUCUUUUCCAAGUCGAUUGAGUUGUGGCGAAAAAGUACACUGUCAGAAGAAUCUUUGUUUAUAUUUCUAGGUAUAGUGCUUUCAGAGAGAAGCAGGUACAAAGUUGUUUUCUGUUUGUAAUGGUAAAUGCAUAUGGUCCUAUUUUUAUUUCUCUGUUCUUGUUCUGGUGUCUUAUAAAGAUAAAGACCAUGUAUUUUUGUGUAUAAAUGGAUGGUUCAAAUUGCAGAUUUCUUGGAUUUUAUGUUUAGAGGCCCUGAUUGUUAAUUGAAUUAAGUAAACAUUUAUUUUCUGGUUUCCAGUAUAAAAGAUAAAUGGUUAUGUCUGAUUAAUACCUUCAGCGUUCACAUACUAUAACAUAUGCAUGUAUGGUUUUCAUGUUUGUCACAAAAUUAAAUGUUGCUGCUCUGUUUAUCACGUUGCAGUUCUGAUACCUUCAUUUUGUAAAUUGAAUUGUAGUGUUGAUUAUAGCAUAAGACAAAAGAAAGGUAAGGAAACUUUACACAGAUCAGAAAUGUUGGAAAGAGCAGAAGCUUAGAAAGCUGUCAUUUAGGAUUGUAUUUGAAGGGAUAAAUCAGGAUUGAAGUGCAUUGAUGCGAGAAGAAUAAAGCUCAAGUUUA